AAUUGGUCUAUGAAAACAAAACGAAAGUAUUAAAUUUACAAAGAAAGAAGAAAACUGCAAGGUUAAAUGUGAAUUUGGGCUGGAUAACUACAAAUAUGUGAAAAGGUUCCAACUGAAUUAACGAAAUAAUGAACUAAAGGACUCCUUAAAAGUGAAAUAUGUGCCUUAAGUAUUACACGCAACGCACGUUAAAAAAUAGAAUAAAUCCAAGAAAUUGAGAACCUUAAUUAUUUAGUCUGGUUUAUUUAAUCAAAACCUUUCGUAUAGUAAUUAUUUUAUAACGAUUCGUAUGAAAAACACGUGCGUUGAAGAAGAGGAUAGUGUGUAAUCCUGGGCAGAAACGGGAGACGGGGACAUCUACACGCAGCUAACAGAUGAUCCCCACAUGUCAAUUGUUGCAGCCGAAAAUGCAGGGCUUGGCCCAUGUGAUUUACCAGAUUCGUGGGCACCAAACACAAUUAAUAGCAUCAACAAUAUUACUAGUAUCGUUGCAAAUAGUAGAGACAUCUCAUCGGUAUCCGCAGUCACAAAAAAUUCAUCAAACACGGCUGUCCCUCUUAAUAUUGACAACAAUAUUAGCUCGAAUAUUGUGUUCUUCAAGAACCAAAGUAGUCCAACUACAACUGCCAUUCAACCGACCACUUCUUUCGGCUUUUCACCAACAUCAACGGCAAGAGCAACAACAUCAACCACUUCCAGUCUUAUAUACAAGGUGCCUCUCUCAUCGCCAGCCGCCGCUACAGCCGCUGUUACUGUUUCACCAGCCAGCAUUGGUAGUGUAGUAACGUCUUUAGGUGUGGGUCUGGUACCCUCAAUACCGACGUGUGCGUCCCUUACUGGAACGAGUGCCAGUGGAACUGGAGCUGUUGCUGGUGUACUGUUAUCAAGCCCAAUAUCAGCUGGUGGCAGUAGCAAUAGUAUUAGUAUUUCGGGUCAAAAAACAAUUACAAAUUAUCAAGUAAACAACGUCAAUAAUAACGCAAAUAACACCGGCAAUACCAGCGUUAGAAGUCUAACACUUCCAUUGCAGCAACAACAACUACAAUUGCAACAACAAAACGGCUUAUUGCUACAUAACAAACAGAACAACCAAAACAACAAUAACAGCUCUUUAGUGAAUAAUAACCACCAUAAAAAUAGCAACAACUUUAAUUUAAUACUGCGACAGAAGGCUGCAGCAACUGUAAGUUUAGCCGCCGCACUACAAAAUUCAAUCACCAUGAAUGCGGUGGCUUCGCCAAUCUCAAACAACCCAGCGACGCCAACUCGAAAAAUAAGAAGAAAAACUGAUCCGAAAGCCAAUUUGCCGCAAUCACAGAUUAAUAAAUGUAAUAACGAGAAAAGGCGUCGCGAAUUGGAAAACAAUUAUAUCGAGCAAUUGUCCGAGUUUUUACAACUCAACAAACGCGGUGAUACAGCCUCAACGAAACCAGACAAGGCAGCAAUAUUGAACCAAGUAGUGAAAACGUAUCGUGAGUUUUGUGACAAGGGCCAAAGCCGUGAUAUUUCUUCCUCAACGUCGACUACCGCUUCUUCAGCUCUCAAUUCGACGACACCUAAUAACAACAAUAGCAGCUCAACUUGUAAAAGCAACGAUAAUCGAAAUAAUACAGCAUCUACACGUUGUUUACGAUGUGCAACUGACAAUUGCUCUAUCCAUCCAGUACAACAAGGUGACGUUUCAUCGACCGAACCCCCAUUGCCGGAGCCAUCACUGCUUAACGGUCAGGUUCCCGAAAUAUCUGCCUAUUUUGAGGCGUUGGAACAUUACCUCUCUUCAGUCGAUUGGGUGCUUUUACAAGUCACUGCAGACGGGAUAAUCGAGUCGUGUACGCAGAAUAUUCGAGAACUAAUCGGCUAUGACAAACAGGAACUGUUUCGUAAACCACUAUAUCAGUACCUACACUCCGGCGAUCAUGCGAAAUUAGAUCCAAUUAUAAAUAAUAUGCCGUAUGGGGUUAGCGGAAAUGCAACUGGUGACAUUGGUUGUGGUAGCGGUAGCCAAAGUGGCUGGAAUGAUUUGGAAGAUGCGAAUAGUGGUACAAAUUCGCAACAUUCAACAGCUUCGUUAGGUCCAGGGAGUGCUAAAACUAAAAGAAAUAUAGCAGCUAAAGUCCGAAUGCUAGUCAAAGAUUUGCGUUCGGCUACUCAAACAUCUAUGACGCACCAAAACGAUGCUUUGGAACAGAAAACUGUCGGACAACACAUAAACCCCGAAAAAUAUGAGGAAGUUAUGCUGCUAGCAACACCGAUGAAAGACGAUGGUGAUACAACGUCCUCCAUAUUGUGUUUGAUUACCCGUCCCGAAGAUGAACCGGCCAUACAGCAGAUACAACCGCAGGCCAUAGAGCAUUUAACCUUUAAACUCGACGUACACGGCAAGAUACUCAAUUUGGAUGUAACUGCACUUCGUGAACCCUAUCGUCAACAUUUGAGUAGUUGGUUGGGACGCCUUUUGCAAGAUCUUUGUCAUCCGCAGGACUUAAAUGCUCUGAAAUCUCACUUACGCGAGGUUCAAGAGUCAGCUGCUUCAGUCCAUUUGAUGAACUCUCCAUCAUCACACUCACCUGGUGGAACGCCUGCAACACUCAUUCAUCCUCCCAUUGCGAAUGUGAUGUCACGUCCAUUUAGAUUGCGUCUCGGCGCACCCGAUAUUUAUGUUCAUGUUAAGGCGAAUUCACGACUUUUUUUAAAUCAGUCGCAAACUGAGGGCGAUUAUAUUAUGUCUCUGCAAACAUUACUUAACACGGAUAACGAUAUAGGUGGAGGAGGUAUAAGUGGAUUGAACAUCGGAGGUAUCGGGAACAGUAGUAUGAUGCCAUCUAGCAGUUUGUCAACAAUGUCGCCUAGUCCAUCGUUAGUUUCGCCCCUUUCUCUGCCCUUGGACUCACUUGUUAAUAACAAUUCGUCAUGCUCCUCUUCGUCGGCCUCAGCUUUAGCAAGUGUAAGUAGCGGUGUACAUAUGUUAGGAGGACUAGUUGGAGGUGGUGGUAUGCCACCACUCACCACGCAAACUACUAAUGUGGGUGGACCACUGAUGACUUCAGCUGUUAUCAAUGGUACAGGGAGUGGUACACAACGUAACAAUCCUACUGUGGCAACAUCGGCUUCGACUUCGAAUAAUUCCAAUCUGGUCAAUUCGUUUACCGCAUCGCCUGCUGGACCCGAAGCAACGAUUUUCUAUAGCUCCGACCCCUUUGAUUUUGACUUGGCACAUUCCAGUUUUGAAAUGGACGCCACUGGUUGGACGGAUUCGCGUCCAAACUCUCGCGCUUCUGUUACUACCCCAGUAAGCACUCCGCGUCCACCGUCAGCGGGACAUGGUUUCAGUCCGGCAGUAUGUGCUUCACCAUCGACACCAUAUCAACUGUCGUCACACUCAGCUGCGAGCUUGCCUUCUCCUCAGUCAAAUACAAGUCAGCCGUCAUCUGCUGGUCCCGGGGUUAGUGGAGGCCCGUUUGGUUUUGGUUUUCCGGCGUUCGAAACAAGUGAUAAAAAUAUUGAUAAAGACCACAUGAACGCUAGCAUAAACAGCAGUAGCAGCAUAAGUGGCAAUAAUUCUGGACCUCAAGGUGGUUCCAGUGGUGCGUUGAGCGGCCCUGCAAAUUUACCAAAUGGUGGUCCGCCAUUACUUACCACUGUUGCUAACAUGACCCAACUAUCUGCACAGACGAAUCCACCCCAACCGGAAUCAGAGCGUUUACGGCAUUUAUUGACAAAUAAAUCGCAUUCAAUGACCUCAGGAAUGAACCCGACCGAUGGUGAUAAAGAUCAUCUUAGCCUGCGCCAUAAGUUUUACAAUCAGAGUCUACUCAAUUCCGAUGAAGAUAAGGAUGGUGGAGGUGCCGGCGGUAGCAACAGGGGUUCGUCCGGAAUGUUCAAAAUGGGCGCUACUGGUAUAUCGAAUGCGCGCCUAUUUGGUGGUGGUGCAUUACCAAAAUCUUCGAACUCCAGCAAUCCCAUGUUACUGUCGCUGCUUAACGAAAAAUCGGAGGAUGAUGAUGGAAAAGGACCUUCGCUUGGUCGACAAAGUGAAUUGAUGCGCCAGCUACAAAAAGACGAUGGGCACUAUAGUCAUUCACACGGUCAUAGCCACGGGCAACAUCACUCCAAGGACAUGUCGCAAGAGGAUUUACUAAAAAGUUUAAAGUACCAGGGUGAUCCUACAACUCGCAAGCGUUCGCUCAAUGAACCGGAUGAUGGCAUAUUAGCAAAACGUGAAAGUGACCGCCCAUCCAAGUUACGUGAGAGCAAUAAAAUGCUUGCCUCGCUGUUAGAAAAUCCGCCAAAGAAUCCUAUAGUCACUGUACCACCUCAAGUCAAAGCUAUACCUGACAUUACACCUUCAGCAAGCCGCGUCAACUCGACACUCGGUGUUAUGAGUGUUUCAGCGCCGAAUAGUCUAGGUGGCAUGCCUCCAAAAAGCGGCACAAUGACGACGACCUCAUCAAUUAGUGCAGGAGGCAGUUCUGUCGGAGCCGUUGGACGGAGCAAUAGUAUGCGCAAACAAUUUUCCGAUGCCUACCUCACGCUGCAACAGCAGCAACAUCAGCAACAACUCCACCUACAACAACAGCAACAACAGCAACAACAACAACAAUGUUUAGGUAACAUUCAACGUUCUUCACAUCAGCAACCAACACAACUAUCUCAACCGCAAAUAAAUUUUUCUUCAUCGGACGCCUUCGGAACAUCUUCACAUAACACCACAGCUACCUCAGGGACAGCCAACGUCACAGCGUCAAUAGUGACAUCACAAGCAAGCUCCCAAUUAGCCGCCCCUAGCGGCGCUGAUGGCGAUUCAGAAUUAUCUAAGAUUUUGGAUAGCGUUAUGGAUUACGUUUCAGACGAUGGGCCAUUUGUAUCAGCACCUACUCCCACUGCCUUGGCUGGAUUAACGCAGCAAGAGAUUAAUGAACGCAUGGCUAUCAACGCUAUUCAAAAUUCAUUGAUGGUCGAGACAUCUCAACUGCAACAGCAGCAACAUCAUCAACAACAGCCGCAACCGCCAGCCUAUCCUGGCAACGUAAUGGGGAGUGGCAGUGGAGGGAGUUUAACUCAGCAACAACAACAGCUACAGCUCCAGCAUCAUCUGCAGAUGUUGCAAAGGCAGCAGGCUGCAAUUGGAGGCAAUCAACAGUCAACUCAGGUACAACAAAUGUUGGAGGUAUUACGUGUCAACGCCAAUCAAAGUUUCCAACGACCGCCACCUAUGUAUUCGGCGUCACGUAACAGGGGCCCAAUGAAUACUGUUACGACACCUGGAGGCUCUGUUUUGCCAGCGCAUCAGCAGUAUCGAAUUCGUCAACAGCAGCAACAGCAACAACAACAGAAAGAGCGUCUUCUUCAGCAACAACAAAAGCAACAGCUUUUGGUUCCUGAGAGUGCAACAGCGCGCACAGAUCAGUUAUGUCUAAAUCCGAACAUCAACAACAUUGGUUCGCUGUUGAAUAACACAGUAGCGCCAAAUGUCGCCUUAUCUCGUACCAACUUGCCGCCCGAUUCGCAACUGAGUCCGAAUUUUUCACAGAGUUUACUACAACAACAACAGUUAAGUCCAGGGCAACGUAAUGCACCAUUUAGUCCACAAACGAAUGCAGGUUAUGCACCGCAAUAUUCACAAAGCGGACAACGUCUAUCGCCCCAUCAUCAACAGCAUAUUUCACAGCAGCAACAACAAGUGAAUGCUCAGCAACAACAACAGAUGGCGUUUCAGGCUGCCCAAGCAGCAAACGCUAAUGUUACUCCGCAGCUAUCACCACGCCAACCGCCUUUUGGUGGAGGAGCAGGUGGUAUACAAUCACCUACAGGCAUGCCGUCAUCUCAACAAUGGAAUGCUAGUGGUAAUGUUAGUACGCCAAGUGUACAACUAAGUGGAAAUGUGACAACUCAACGCGGUCAUUCAUUACAACAACAUAAUCCUAUGUUAAGCGCGCAGUUACAACAGGGUGUUAGUCCUUAUACAACACGUCCGUAUCAAAAUCAGCGGCGAAGUCUCAACUCUCCAAACGGAGGGGGUGUAUCUGGCAAUGCAGUUACUAGUAAUAUUGGAACUAAUGUCGGUCUGCAGCGGCAAAAUUCUUUUCAAGGUGGCGAAUCUGGUGGUUUUAGUGGUGGUACCUCAAAUUCUCCAUCUCCACAGUCACCAUAUGGUGGACCCAGCUCAAACGUAUUCCAGCAACAACAAAUGCAACGAAUGCAACGCCAGGGUAGCGUUCCGCAAACUACCCAACAUUUACCUGGCUCUCCACGCCCUUUCAUUGCGAAUGUAAAUCACGAAAAUAUUGUAGGUACAAGCGGCAAUGGCGCCGCCACAAGCCUCGGCGUAAAUGGCGGUGUCAGCGUCGGCGGGAGUGUCGGUAUUGUUGGCUUUGGUGGCAUGAUGUACAAUAAUAUGCAGCAUGCUGCUCAUGCGACCCCACAACAAACACAAAACGAAUUUUAUGGUCGCGCUCAGGCCGCAGGUAAUGCAGCAAACUCUUCUGAUUUCGUAAAACAGGAAUUGCGGGCUGUAGUAAGCGGACGUGCUCAACAACAGGCUGCUGCCGCUGGAGGAGCUGGUGCUUCUUCUGGUGGAAACGGAGUGCCAGGUGGCGGCGGAGGAAAUGGCGGUCCUGGCGGUCUGCGAAUAACUUCCACCCCGCAAAGUCCCUUGAGCAGUGCUCAACAGGGACCAAUGAGUGGUGGUAAUUCUGGAGGUUUAAAUAGUACAAAUUCGCUUAGCAUGCAACAACAUCAAUCUGGGUCAAUAGGAACUGGUGUUAGCCAAAAUGCACUACUUAAUACACCAGAUCCUUCCAUGAACUUUAGCUUCGAUGCACAAGAUUUCUUUGGCAACAAUGCUACAAGGUGACCAUAAAAAGUCUGGAAUUCAAUAUACACUACUAACGGCCGUCGACAACUCAACAAUAAAAAGAACUGCAUAUUGACAUGAACGAAAAAAUAUAUGAAGUAAUAUAUUUAAUAAUAUGUAUAUAGCAACCAUGAAAUUUUAAUUAUUUUCUUGUGUUAACAAACAUUUUUUUUUCAAUUAUAAACAUUGGAAGCAAAAAGAGAAACAUGUACCUAGGUGCAAUAGAAUCUUAGCAUUUAUUUACAUAAUACUGUUACAAAUAUAUCAAAAUAGCUAAAAAAAUGAAGAUGUGUUAAAUAUAUGUAUGUGCAUAAAAUUACGUAAAUAUAAAAUAGAAUUUUGCAUGAAUAUAGGAACUUGAAUACUUCGUUUCAUGAAAAAUACCAAUACAAAACCUUAUUAAGACCUCGAGACCAAUAAAAAACUUGUUAAGAACCACAAAUAUGCAUAAUCUAAUUCCAAGCUGAUACGUUUUAUUGGAUAUAACGUAUCUACAUAUAUGAAAAUUACCGAAAAGAAAAUCAAUUGCGAAAAGAAAUUAAAACCUGUUGUCAUCAGUUCAAUAAUAACAAAAAUUAACUGUAGAUAUUAAAAACAUAGCGCGUAUUGCAAACAAAUUUACGGUGGAAAAGGAAAAAUUGCUAUUAGUGGAAGCCUGAUUGAGGUGGACUGGCCAGAUUAAAUAAAAUAUUUCAAUUCUUAUUUGUUAAACCGUGUAAUUCAAAUGAAGAACAUAAAACAAAGCUAAAAUGUAAAAGAAUUAUAGUGGGUGAAACGACAUUAAUUACUUAGUAAAAAAGUGUUAAAAUUUAAGGACGCAUGUGUGUAUAUACUACAUAUAUUAUACAAAUCUUUCAAAAAUAAUUACAUUUUUGCAAGUGCAAGUUGAGGAAAUUAAUUAAUUAUUAAGCGUUAUGUUUAAGUACAUAAUUCUUAUAAAACACUAAGAAAAGUAAUGUUUAAAGUUUUAAAUAUUUCGAACUGUAAAACAGUCAAGUUUAAUCCAAUAAGCAUAUUAAAUUAAGGGGAAACGGUAAACGAUUUUGUUAUAAAAAUAUUUACACUGACUAUUUUGCACCGCACCAACUAAAAAUAUUAAUUUUUCGAAAAAAAUCUAAAUUUAAAUUUCAAUUGAAUUUAUAAAAAAUAAUACUACAAAUCUGCUACAAACUUAUAAACAAGCAUAAAGUUUCAAACAAAAAAUGCAGUGAUAUAUCAAAAUAAUUCUAUUAUAUCGCAAAAGUAUACAAAUUGUAGAUGAAGUAAUUGAAAAUUGUACUUUGUACAAUGCAAAUGAUAGGUAAUAGUUACGUUGGCGUAGGAGACGGUUGGAGAAAAAUAGCCAAAAAUUAUAAAGCAAGAUAAGCAUUUUAUGAACAGCGUUCUUUUAUAAAAAAAACGUGUACCCAUAAAUACGCUUCAAAAACUCAUACAUAUACAUAUAAUUACUAAUUUUCUAAUUCCAGUAAAAUGUUUAUAUUGUUUAAAUUUUGAAAAUGUUAUUUAUUUUGAUUCCAAUAUUUUUUUUUAUUUAUAAAAUAGAAAAUUUACACUUGAAAAAAAAUUGACACUAGAGUAGGAAAAAUUUACAUAAUGCACAGUUGUGGUUACUAACCGGUUAUGAUUUUAAUAUUUUUAUUUAUUUAGAAUUAAAAUAUACCUAAAAGCCAUUUUCAUUUAAUAAGAUUAAAGCUUGUCCCUGGGUUAUCUUGCAAAAUGUGGUCCAUUAGUUGAAAUGCAGUCAGAUACUAAUGCACUAGAUACUACGUAUAAGAAGAUGAAAUCCAACUUUAUUUUUGUUUCCAUUUCAUAUAAUAUAUCUGGGAUUUUAUUAACUAUGAACUUUCAGUUAUUUUCUAUUGAUUUGAAGUAAAAAAAAAAUUGUUUGUUAUUUGAAAUGUUUUUUUCCUUUUUCUGUAAUUAAAAAAAACGAAGGAGGAUAAUUUGAUUGUGAGAUAUUAGUCCAAUAAAUACAUAUAGCAUGUAAUUUACCCAAUAUUGUUGUAAAAUAAAAAUAAUAGACGUAAAAACCUAGUUAAUUGUCUUAGCUUUAGAAAGCCUAAUUAAUUAAGUGUAAUUAACGAGAAGAAAAUGAAAUUUUUAUUAUUAAGGUGUUCAGUGGCUAAAACACUAUUGUUUGCUUUAUUAAUUUAUUAAACAAGAUAAAAAGGGCAAUGAAACUUUCAAAUAUAAUAUCCAUUAAAUAAUAUAAAGAAUUCUUACUUGAUUUAUGUUAGUUAAUUUAAAAGUUACAUAGUAUAUCUGAAAUGCAAUGUAUUUAUGUAGGUGCAGCAACUGUUAAGGGUAAAUUAUUGUUAUUUUUUUAAUUAUAUAAAAAUAUUGUUUUUUUAUUAAUUACAACUUAAGUUUUUCUACAGAUGUAACUCUAUAUAAAGAUAUUCUUAAACACGUUAUAUACUAUAAAUAGACACCAAACGUAUACUUUUCGUGUCGUUGUAGUUAAUAGCAGUUAUGUUACAACUUUUAAUAAUAAAAAUUAAUAGUAAAUUUUUUCUACUACAUAAGCCUUUUCCGUUUUUUGUCUUCUUAAGUUUGUAAUGCAAAUUAAUAAAAAUGUAAAGUUGAUAUAAUAAAAAUAUUUCGUGUAAUCAUUUCUUUUUGAUAUUCUCUUUUCAGUUUGUUUACAGUUAUUAUUUGAAUUCUCUAUUAGGUGACUUGUAAUCUUGGGAGUACGAAUGAAACCACAUACAUAUGUAGAUUUGAAGUUAUCAAGAGUGUUAUAGCACUUCAUUCUAAUUCAAAUAGUGAGGUGAGUUUUAUAUUUUAAAAUUUCUUUCAAUUAUUGAGUCAAUUGUGCGAUAAGUAGUAUGUACAUAUAAUAGUACAUGUAUAAUAAUCCACACAGAUUUUUACUUCGAAAAAUUAGUUAGAGUUUGAUAACGCCGGUCAUUCAAUAAUAGUAAAAAUUACUAAUUAAUAAUUUCUUUACCACUUCCUAAAAAAGGCUUAUAUCCAUUUUGAAAUCAUCAUUUUGUGUAUGAAGUUUUUUUCACUGCAUUUUAUGUAAAUACAUUCGAGACACUUUGCUUGUGUGUGCAUAUUAUAUUUAAACAAAAGAAAAAUAAGUAAAAUAUAGAGAUCAAAUUGAUUGAAAAACGAAGGGCGAUAAAGGAGAACAAAAAACUCUCGGAAAUAUAGAAAUACCUCUUAUAUAAGUUCAAAUUAUAAAUUAAAUAAAUGAAAUAAUAUAAAAUUAUGUAACAUAAAAUGAAUAUGAUAUAAUAUAAUAUAGGACAAUUUAUUAUAUUAUCAGGAAAAACGACUUUUAGAUAUAAAUAUGGUCAAUUUUGACUAAAGAGCAUUCAACCCAAUUAUGAAGACCGACAUGAUUGCGGAGACUAUUUUUCACUGUAGUGUGAAAGAAUGGCCCAUUUCUUUAUAUUUGGAAAUAUAUGUACAUAUUUCGAUACAUAUAUCGACUACAAAAAAGUUAAAGGCAAAACAUUACUAUUAUUUUUUCUAAAAGACCACACAUACACAAUAAGCCAAUAAAAUACUGUUUAUGUAAUGAACUAAUAUUAUCAUCGUUCAUUGCCUCAAUUAUUCAAACUCAAUGAAAGGACGACGAAAUAAUACAAUAUGUAGCUAAGCGGUUGAUAUUUCAGUGCAAUUGCUAACGUUAAUCGAAUUCAUGAUCGAUGUGAUCAGUCGGUGUUCAUAAGACGAGUGAUUUACAUUUUUCCCCACAUAAAAAAAUCAAACAAAUAAAAAGAUAAAUAAUAAUUUAUAUAUACACACUAAAAUAUGAAUACAUUCCCAUAGUACAGUAUAUAAAAAAAUAUUAUAAUAAAAACAUUUAAUUAAAAAUAUUAAAGAUGCACCGUAUAGAACAUUAAAUUUAGAAAGUGAAGUAAGUUAAAGUGAAUGGAUAUGUUAAUAAUUCUGGUUAGUAAAUUAUAUGCUAAUAUGAAGAGUUAAUAUAGAGGAAGUUGUUUCAUAAGAAGAAAUUUACAUGGAAAACAGCGCCUUAAGUGCAGUAAAUAUAAAAAUAAGAUUAAGAACGAACCAUUUUUAGAGGCUAUGAUCACAAUUAAGUGGUACAAAUGUUUAUUCGAUUAGUGCAUUUUUGUAAAACAAAAAAAUAUAUAUUUAUGUCAUAAGAUAGUUAUUAAAACUGAACACUUGAAUGUUUGAGCAUUGUUUUUUGUAAUCGAACAACAAAACGAAUUAUCAUUUGUGUGCAUAUGGUAUUUGGGUAUUAUUUGCGGAAAAAGAAAUAUUCAAAAAUAUUGUAGUAAUUAAAUUCUGUAAUUAGACUUAUUUAUUAUUAUACCAAAAGUUGCUAAAUUUAUAUGUAUCACUAAUUACUACUCUUAAAAGGUUUUAAACCUUCGAAAUAAAUGUAAAGAAGGUAGAUGGUAAAAAUGUAUACUAAACGUAUAAUUGUUAUACAAGUUAAAUGACAAACUAUCAUUUCUGCGUACAAUAAUCGAUAUUUUCGAUUAAACAUUAUAAUCUUAUUUUAUUAGCAGUUUUAUAACUACAGAUAAUUUUAGUAAUAAUUUUAAAAGUAUGAUUGCUUAUGGAAAUAUUAAUAAUUGACAUUUUAUGGCCCAUUACAUUUUCAAUAUUCAUUAAAAUAUCACAUAGAAAUGUGUUUAGUGAUAAACCUAAAAAUGCGAUAUUUUCCUGUCGAUUGUUAAUAUUUCAUUCUGUCCCUGUUUUCCUCUUUUUACAAUGUUUUCCAUUUUUAUGUGAAGAAAACAAAAAAAUUUAAAAAGUGAAAUUUUUGUGUGUGAAUAUGUAUUUUAAUUCCCUAUAUUCCUGUUUUCCCCUUUUUACAUUGUUUUCCAUUUUUAUGUGAAGAAACCAAAAAAUAAUUAGAAGGGAAAUUUUUGUGUGUGAAAAUGUAUUUUAAAUACAUAAUUGUUUUUAAUUUGUAUUUAGUAGAAAAAUUUAAAAUCUCAUUACAAACUGCUUAGAUGAAUAUUUAAAUAUUUAUUAAUACAUCCAAACAGAGAAUUGAUACAAAUAUUAUAAGUAAAUGACAAAGCGUAAACGAGCAAAAUUAUUUAAACGACAAGUGGCAUUUACUGUUUUUUGAGACUAAUUGUAAGUAGUAAAUCUCUUUACACUUUUAACACAAAAUGUAAAUUUAGUGAGAAUUAGAAUAUGAAAAACCCAUAACAAUAAUUAAGGGAAAUAGUAAAGAGCAGAACUUAUAAAUAUUAGGUAAUAAUUUUCAUAAAACUGUUAUGAAAAAUACAAACACAAAAAUAUAUACAUACAUAUGUAUAUAUUAGUACUCAAUUUUCAAACGUUUAUAUGUUUUCAUAAUUUCAAUUUGAAUAAUUAUUAUUUAAAUAACAGAUCAAAUGUUUGUAUCAAAAAUUUUCUCACAAAACAAUAGGUUAAUUUUAUGUAUUUAUAUACAUAAUUACAGUAUGUAUAAAAUACUACUCUAUAAUUUUACAAACACUUGCAGCUUUUAACACAUAGAGUACGCACGUUAUCUACAUACUUGUACAUAUGUAUAUGCGCAUAUAUACUUGAAUAUUUUUAAUAAAAGUCCUAAUAUAUGAAAAUAAUAAAAAGUCUGGAGACUUAAUCUUUCAUAUAUACAUAAUUAUACAUAUAACUGUUUUUUAUUUUGUACAAUAUCAAUACUUAACUUAAACAAAUAUUAAAAAUGCUAAUACAUUUAAGUAUUGUUAAUUACCGAAAGUUCAACCAGGUUAUGUACAUACAUAUAUAGGAUUUUAUACCUGAGACGGUUAGAAAAACGUAUAUAAACCUGCGAAAUAACAAACUCAUAAAAACUGACAACUUUUAAUGUUCUGUUCUAUUUGCAUGGCCUACCUUUAAGUUAUUUAUUACUGAAAUAAAAGAAAAACGAAAAGAAGUACCAAAUAUGUAUUGUUCUACACAUUGCUGCCUGUCGAAAAAAGAUAUACAAAAGUGUAAUCGUAUAGAACAUUGCAAUCAACAAUGUAAGCACUUACAUAUAUACUUUUUGAAAAAAAAAACUAUAUGGUAACUAUAUAAUAAUAUUGAAAAAUUAAAAUAUAAUUUAAAGGCUAACAAUGUAAUGUGUACAUAAAAGAACAUAAAAUAAUUGCAUCACAAUCUCAAACUAAUUUGGCUUAAAUUAAAACAAAACUCAAUUCGUACUACAUUCGAUAUAUAUAUAUAUAUACAUAUAUAUAUAUAUAAUACAGUAAAGUAUACAUACAAAAUAUCUACACAAGUAUUUACAAAGUUAAUAGUCAAUAGAUCCCUCGAAUUUCGCAAUUCAUUGCACCAGAAAAUAUAUAUAUUAAAUAGUUGCAUACAAAUUAAAAACAUCAUUCAUUUAAGAAAAGGCAAUAAAAUAGAAGACGCGGCCAAAUAACUAUAUUUUAUAUGUAGUAAUUCUAUUGUUUCUAUUUAAUAGUUUUUCUUAUGAUUUGAAUAACCUCAAUUUACUGCAUUGAAUAGAAAUAUUAAAAUAACAUUGAUUCGAAUGAAAGAAUUUAUCUCUUCAAAACAUACCGAAACGAAGCCUUAACAUUAUAACAAUGGCUUAAAAUAAGAUGAAUGCUACUUAUAUAAUUAUAUAUAUAUAUAUACCAACAAGAAGAAUGACAUGAAAUAUUGAUUGGCUGUGGUUGUUUUGGUGAAAACAUGUAAGAAAGUACGAAAUCAAGAAUAAACACAAUUUGGAAAAAAAGUCAUGUAAUCGUAAAUAGGAGGAACAUAUUUAGGCAUCAUAACUCCAAUAAAAUGGGUUGAUAUGGGAUUGAUUAUAAAAUUUAACGAUUCAGUAAGACUGAGUAAUAUGUAUGAGCAAAAAUGUGUACAAGUAAAAUUACUAAAAACUGUAGCAAAAGCAUAAAUGUUUGCGCUAUUGUUCGGAGUCGCAUAAAAGUGUACAUAUGAUUUUAUAUUGUACAUAACAAUUACAUUGCAAGCUAGAUUUUGUUUAUUUUUCCUCAAUAAUAGAAAUAAAAUAUAAAGUGACAAAAAAGUUAUAUGUUUGCCAACAGUACACCCCUUUUUAACAAUUGCUGACACUUUUAUAUAAAGUAUAUGAAAUCGAUUUCAUUACUUACAUAUUAUCAAUUUGAUUGUUUUCAACUAUCGCUUAUACCUACAUUAAGGAUUCAAAAUUAUAUUGUUUGUUACUGUCCGCAUGCUAUGUCAUUAUUGUUACUUCUUUCUUAUAUUUUUAUGAUAUAGAUAUGUAUAAAUUUAAAAUAUUUCCAUGUUAAAGAGUUGUUUACUAAAUAAGAAAAGUACAACAAUAUAUGCACCAACUCGAAUGUCACUGAAAACUGAAAAAACGGCUUCACAAACUUAAAUGUAAAAAAUUAAAGUAUUUAUACGAUGUGCAUAGUAAAUUGUAUUGAUAAUUUUAAUUAAAUAGAUAAAUAUAUAGGUAUAAGUAUAGUGGAUUGUAACACAUGUGUUCAUGUAUGCGCUGCACCUGUCUAUAUUUUUUCUUAUAAAACAAAGAAAACUAAAUUGAACUAUACAUCAUAUAUGUAUAGUAUAGCAAACUAUUAAUGACAUAAUCAUAUUUCGUAUCAUUUUGUGGAUAUUCAUGUGUAUAAAAUAUGUUGCGUCUUCAGCAUUGUUAAUGACAGUUAAGAUAAAAUCUGUUCUAAAGAUUGUUUCAACCUUCUAACAGAUAUUCCAUCAGCUUAAUUGAUUAUAAAAAUCCGGUUUAGUUUAAUUAAUACCUAAACCAUGAAGUAUUAAAAUGUGUGGGUGUGGAUAUACAUAGGUAUAUGUGUUUCAAAAAAUAUAAUCAACUGUACAUACAUUUAAAUAUAUCUUUCAAAUAUUUGUUUAUUAUUUAUUACAUAUUUCAAGGUAUUGUCUCUAUGUACUUGUAUGUAUGCAUAUUUGUCUAGAUAUUAUGCAAAUCGUGGAAUUACGCUAUAAAUGUAUGUACAUAUACAUAAAAACAACAUUUAUAUGGUGCACGUGAAGCUUUUGUUAAGAAACUCCAUAUGUAUGUAUUUGUAUUAUUUUAUAUAUUCAAUUUACUGAAUAGAUUUGCUGUAGUUUCAAAAUUACAUCGACGCGAAUAGUAAUGGUGAAUUUAACUCAACAAUACAACAUGAUGAUUUGAUGCAACCGUUAGAGGGAGAAUUUUAAAUCCACUGAACAUAUGUAUGUACCAUAUACAUAUGUGUAACAAAUAUGUAUUUCAGUGUUUACAUUUUCCUUAUCAUUUAGUUUAUAUGUAUAUUUUUUUCAAAUAAGUAAUUAUGAUCGCUGAUAUUUUUUUAAUGUUGACUUUCGCCUUCGAUAUUUCUGCAAUAAAUAAUUAUUUAAAAUGAUUUUGAUUUAUUUCUUGAGAGUUUAGUAUAUGAAAAAUGUUGAUAAAACGUAAACUAAAAAUUAGAGAAGCACAGGUACCAAAGAAUUCAAUGAUCGAACAAAAACAGCAGAUUAUUAAUUUUUUCUAAACGCCAGAAAUUAUUUGUAGAAAAUGUAGACGUUAGUUCUUAACAACAGGAACUGUGCUAAAAAUGAUUAUGUAUUGUAUUAUUAAAUAUUUGCUUAUAAAUCUUAUAUAAUAAUCUUUAUAUACACAACCACGCAUAUACAGCAACAAAAUCGUAUGAAAUAAUUGAAAAAAUGCAAAUAGAGGAAAUGAGUGAGUUAACAAAGAAAUUGGAAAUGAUACAACAUUUAAUAUUGAAAAAAGACUAAUAAAAAUAUUAUAUUAAAUUGAA